CUGUGCAGCAGUGUGGAAGUGCAGCUCUUUCUGCAGGAGACCUGAGCCAUGCCAAACAGAGACAGCUACAGGUCACACUCUCGGAACGCUUCAGGGAGAUUCUGUCUGCAACAGAGAGACAAUCUGUGUAUGAAGUAACUCUUCUCAUCUUUUACGAUCCUUCAAAAAUCAUUGCAUGUCAUCUCAAACCAGCUUACAUCAUUCAACUCUGUGUGCAUAAGGACCCGAGUUUCAACCUAAAAAACAAACUCAACAUGACUAUCACCAUCCAGAACAUCACAUCCUCCUCUGCCAUCGUGAGCUGGCCGUUGUCUCCAGGCUGCGUGGACACGUUCUACAGUGUCAUGUAUCACCCUAACUGGAACAGCCUGCUGAUGGGUUACACACGCAAGAGCUUCCUGCGGGAGGACAGGGUUCCCGUGACCCAGACGUCCACCAGUCUAGGCAACCUCAGUCCACAGACCACUUACAUCCUCUGCGUCACCUGCCAGUCCGCCAACCCCACCAGAGAGCAGUGCCAGGUCUUCAGUACCCUAGAUGAGGGAGAGCUCGGAGAGAGCGGCAGGGAACUGGCCAUGGGCGUCUGGCUGGCCAGCAGCAUCCUGUUGCUGAUCAUAGCUGUGGCUCUGCUUUGGGGAUGUCUGCACACCAUGUGUCCAGCCAAGAGGGACCCAGAAAGAGGCAGCCAGUCAGGUCCAAACCCUCCACACCUGGCUCUGACUCCCAUGGGUGGGAACAUGGGAAGUAAUGGAAGAAUAAGUCUGUACACGCCAGGUUGUGGCGGGGAAGACCCUCAGAACGCAACGGUGAUUGAGAAUCCUUUCCGAGUCGAGCAUGGCAGAGAAAUGGCGAACGGGCAGGCUUGCGAACUUCUAACACAAAGUAAUAAUUUGGCCCUGGGUCAGAAUAACUAGGGCACCAAAUUGUUACUUUGAUGCACUGACCCCAAAAAUUUAAACUAUUAGAACUUACACAAUGAGGACAAUCGCCGGGGUUGAAUCCAUUUUGAGGAAAGGAGAAAGACGGGGUUAAAUUAGCAUUUAAAAUGUAAGAUGAAAAUAUCACCAACGUAUUAAACAAGGAACCUGAGGCUGCUUGGCCUCGAUACAAUUCUACAAACUGCAGUUAUUUUUUGGUAUGCCUUUACAAUGGUUCCAUUUGUUAACAUGAGUUAAUUCAAUUGGUUUUAAUUAAUCUAGGUUUAUCUUAUUUAUUAGUAUUUUUAUUCAUUUAUACCCCCCCA